GAGUGUGUGUGUGUUUUUCUUUCUUCUUCUUCUUCCCCUAUCUAUCCUUUAUUAAUCUUUUAAAGAUGCUGCUGGAACUUGCGUCAGCUCAUAUCAUCUUUAAUUAGUAAAAAAGAUUCAACCUUUUCUACCUAUAUUGGUGUAGAUUUCCGUUCCUUUCGCUUUUUGGCUCUGUCAAACCCAUAUUUUACUACAGUAAUUUAGUGGGAUUGUUAUAUUUGUGGGGGCAAUUUAACCUUAUUAUUCUUGAAUGGAAUAAUUGGUGGUGUGGUAUGUGGGGAAGUGGGAAAUCUUUCUUGUCAUCUCUACUUCCCAGCCUUGAGUAUGCUUCCAAGAUGAAUUUGGUGCUUUUGUCUGAUUUGGUUUCUUCAGAUUCCUUGGAGCAUCUCUGCUGAUUCUUCUCUUACUGUAACAGGCCGGGCGGAGCGGGAUUGGGAUUGGGAUUCGGUUCUUUAUGGGUUGGCUGUCCAAGAUUUUCAAAGGCUUCAGCCAUGGCAGUAAGCACAGGAUAUCACAAGGGCAACACCAUGGGAGAUUCGAGGAUGACGCCUUCUGGGAAAGGCCAAGAACAUCCACAGGUGAAAGGUCGGAUUUUGAUAACGAAGAAAUCGAUCUUGCCAUUGCACUCUCGCUUGUUGACGAAGAGCAGAAGGAAGACCAAAAGGAUUAUGUGAUUGAAGACCACAAAGAAGAUGAUAAGGAAAAUGAUAAAGAAGAUGAUAAGGAAGAAGAGAAAGAAGAAGAUGAGAAGGAAGAAGAGAAAGAAUAUGAGAAGGGAAAAAGAGUAAUUGAACCCGAACCGGAUAUAGAGGAAGAUGAAAUGUUAGCGAAGGCAAUUCAGGAGAGUUUAUAUGUGGACUCCCCACCAAGGCGCAACGAUUAUGAAAGUUUCUUUCCACCAUAUCCAUUCUUCUACCCACCCGGGUACAGGAUUUGUGCUCGCUGCAACAAUGAGAUUGGCCACGGGCGAUUUUUAAGCUGUAUGGGAGCUGUCUGGCAUCCCGAAUGCUUCCGAUGCCAUGCUUGCAACAUUCCCAUUUCUGACUACGAGCAGUUUUCAGUGUCUGACAAUCGCCCGUACCACAAAUCUUGCUACAAGGAACAGCACCACCCGAAAUGUGAUGUCUGCAAGAAUUUUAUUCCUACAAAUGCAGCUGGCCUUAUCGAAUAUAGAGCGCAUCCUUUCUGGCUUCAAAAGUACUGCCCAUCACACGAGCACGAUGGAACCCCCCGCUGCUGCAGCUGCGAGAGAAUGGAGCCAGUAGACACGAGAUAUUUGGUGCUCGAUGAUGGGAGGAAACUGUGUCUGGAGUGUCUGGAUUCUUCGAUAAUGGAUACUCAUGAAUGCCAGCCUCUCUAUCUCGAAAUCCAAGAUUUCUAUGAAGGUCUAAAUAUGAAAGUCGAGCAGCAAAUCCCACUGCUCUUAGUUGAGAGGCAAGCACUCAAUGAAGCCAUGGAAGGAGAAAAGAAUGGGCAUCAUCACAUGCCUGAAACAAGAGGACUUUGCUUGUCAGAAGAACAGACAGUCAGCACUAUUUUGAGGCGGCCGAGGAUCGGGGGGCAUAGAAUCACAGAUAUGUUCACAGAGCCAUACAGGCUAAUUCGUAGAUGCGAAGUGACUGCAAUACUCAUCUUGUAUGGCCUUCCGAGGUUGCUGACCGGCUCAAUCCUGGCUCACGAGAUGAUGCACGCAUACCUGCGCCUUAAAGGUUAUCCCAAUCUAAGCCCAGAAAUAGAAGAAGGGAUCUGCCAAGUCUUAGCUCACAUGUGGUUAGAUUCUGAAAUCAUAGCCGGUUCGGGUAGCAGCACUGCAUCUACUUCCUCGUCUUCUUCGUCUACAACCUCACCAUCAUCCUCCUCGUCCUCAUCAUCAUCGUCAUCGUCCACCUCUUCAAAGAAGGGGACCCGCUCUCAGUUCGAGAAGAAACUGGGCGAGUUUUUCAAGCACCAGAUAGAAUCAGACACUUCUGUAGCUUAUGGCGAUGGGUUCAGAGAAGGUAACAAGGCAGUGCUCAAGUACGGCCUCAGGAGUACACUUGACCAUAUUAGGCUCACUGGGAGCUUUCCUUGCUGAUGAUGAUCUCAUGAGGUUUUCCAUUUCCAGUUAUACUUUUUAUAUAUACAUAUACUUUGAUGCCCUGCAUAUUGCCAUACCAGUUUUAUAGGACAACCCCCCCAUGCAUAUAUACAAAUCAUCAAGAUGUAAUGAAACCAAUAAAUACGUGUAUUAUAGAGUGCAACAUAUGUAUAUUGUGAUUAUGAUAUUUAUAUACAUAACAACAUCAAUAAUAUGGAAAGUGAAUAGGGUGCUUUUACAAGUCAA